GGAUGGCGAGCGAAAGCGAGCGAAAGCGAGCGCUCGCCUCUGAACAGACAUGCACGCGCGAGCGUUCGCGAACGCACGCGUACCGACCCACCGAGCUGUUCGCCAGUAAAAUCAAGAUGGCUUCCAAUGUGAUAAACAUGGUCAAGCUCACAUUAAAAAGUGAAGACGGAAAACUGUCGUAUGUGUUUUUUGUCAUCCAAGAUAUCAACGACCGUUGCCAUUCCGAUCCUUUCGUGUCGGAAUGGCUUUUUAAACGCAUGGAAAAGGAUUUCCCUCUGAAUGGAUCGUGUCAGAAAGAAUUAACUGUUACAGAAUCUGUUAAAAUUCUGUCAUCUAUGGGACUUUUGAGAGAAAAUCAUCAAGUUACUGCAGGCAUGUAUAUACAUUUAUAUAUGUAAACAUAAAUGUCACAACAAGCCAUUUCCCGUUGAAUAUCGCUAACGUUUUCAAGCCGUGUAUUGAAUAUCUUCAGGCGAUUACUUUUUAAUGCUUAGUAACAACAUUAUGACGUAAUACAAUCAAUAACAUAAUGUUAUAAUAAUAUAAUAAUAUAACAUUUAUAUAUACAUGUAUAUAUAUAGUCUAUUCUCAAACUACGAGUGACCGAACGAAAUAUUACAUAUACAUUUACAUGUAUUGACCAGUCUUUACACUGAACUGAUGAGCGACAGAGCGGAGUUAUAAUGAUUAUAUAAUGUAGAC